AGUGCACACCUGGUCGUACUGGGAUAACAGUAAUUACGCAACUAAGGAGAUGGCGUCAAAAUCCGCAUACACGUUUUGUGGAAUCUGUUCUAGAGGAAGUUUAUCCAUCAAGGCAGAUAAAUACUGUACAGAUUGCGAAGACGCGCUUUGUUCAGAUUGUUCAAAUUAUCACGGCAACAUUAAAACUUUUAAUACUCAUCAUAUGAUAGAUAUCAACAUCAUUGAAGCUAAACCAUUUGUUGUCAGUAAAUCCUGCAAAGUUCAUCCAGAUAUGGUUUUAGAAUAUUUUUGCACCGACCAUGAUACAAUGUGCUGUCGGUCAUGUAUGGCUAGCGACCAUCGAUCAUGUGACAAAGUACUUCCGAUUGAAGUAUCUGCAAAAGGAGUCAAAAAUUCAACAACGUAUGAAGAAAUUUUCAAUGGUGUCAAUUCACUAAAUUCCGCAGUAAACGAACUGGAAGAUAAAAAGAAAAAAAAUAUGGUCAGUCUUAAAGAUAGUAAGAUGACUGUUCAGCAAGACGUUAAAAACUUCAAAGCACGAUUGUUAAAACGCAUUGAAGAAAUUGAAGCAGCUUUAUUGUCUGAAAUCGAGACGAUUUAUACAGACCUCUCAAACGAAGCAAACGAUAACCUGCAAAAGAUAUGUGAUCAAAGAAAAACAAUACAAGUUAUUGCUGAACAGUUUGAAUCUGUAUCCAAACAUGGAACGGAAAGUCAAAUAAUGAUGCUGAUAAAUAAUAUAAAAGAAGAACUGAACUGCAGUGCGAAUGAUUUUCAAGAACUUCUGUCGUCCCAGAAAGAUGUUUCGUUCUCGUUUAAAGAAUGUGAUUCACUAGCCAUUAUGAACUCAUUUGGUUCCGUGGAAAUCAAACAUACUUCCCUUGAAAUUAGAUACAAACACUCGAAGAUUCGACAAGCGCAAUUGCUAAAACAACAGACAAAGCUACCAACAACAUUUCAGCUAGAUGUUAAGUUUAAAGUACCUAGUUCAAAACUUGUCGGUAUAGGUGUGACUAAAGACAAUAGAUUAUUCCUGUGUAAUUGGAGUGGUUUUAGCUUAUUUGUUAUGUCAGACAAAGGCAAACAAUUGGCAACAAUUCAAAUGGACGAGAAACAGUGGGGAAUAGCUAUGGAAGAAGACAACAAUACAGCAUGGGUCACACUACCUGAUAUACAGUCCGUUCAGACAGUUGACAUAGUUACAUUGAAAAAGGGACAACUGAUCAAAUUACCCGAACGAUGUCAUGGUGUUGCUCUAAUGGACGAUCAAAUUGCUGUUGGUGGGUACGGCAAGAUAUACAUGAUAAGUAAAACCGGGGUUUUAAAGAAGACACUUGAUGUUGGAGGAAGCUCAGUUGACUCCUUAUUAGUUAGACAAAAACAUCAUCUUUACUUUGCUCAGGCUAAUACAAGAAAAUCAACAUUGAAAAGCGUAGGAUUAGAUGGAACAGUUGCGUCUGUCUCGGAUGAACAUACUCAUGGCAUGAUUGAUGUAAAAGGCGACACAAUAGGAAAUGUCUAUUUUCUGGAAUACCAAGCAUCAAAUCUUAAGCUGCUUUCAUUUGAAGAUAAAUCUCUUAAAACUAUAUUGACAACAAAAGAUGGACUACAAUCUCCCUAUGGCUUUGCUUUCAGUAAAGAUUUUUCUAAAAUUUUCAUUUCAAAUUACUCUGCCGGUGAGUUAUUGGUAUUUGUGUGUAAUUAGUGGUCACAGACUUUUUAGUUUUUAUAGCGAAUGAAAUGUAUGAUCGUGUACGAUAGUAUUA